CCAUUUUGGCCAGGGAAGGCUCAGUGAAUUAUUGUCCGAAAGCAAUUGAAUCUCUUUACCCCUGUUUUUCCUGUCGUCCCUUCGGGGUUUGCGCCUCGAAAAGUUUUCGAUCAGAAAAAAAGUUCGUUUAGUCGGUCGAAGUUUAUUUUCGUUUUAUUCCCGAAGCGGUUUUGUUCGGUGGCCUUCAGUUGUCUUUUUUUCCCCUCUCCUCCUCUUUUCCCCCUCCCUCCCCUCCUCCUAUCCUCUCCCCUCCCCUCUCUCUGUAUAAAGAGCUCCCUCUUUCAGUCAGCGCUGGAAGCACCGCCGCGGCCGCUGCUCGCUCGCUCGGGGUUUGAUGUGAGGAGAUUGAAGCGGCGGCAGCAGCAGGAGGAGGAGGCCCCUUUGUUUGCGGCUCGCCUGCCCGCUCCCUCCCUCGCGCUCUUCUCUCUCUGCUGCCGGUUCGGCCGACCGACCGACCGGCUCGCGCUUAAUUGAUUAAACCAAAAUAAGAAAAACAAAAGGAAAAGAAAAAGGCACGCACACCCCUGUGAAGCCAGGUCCUGAGUUCAGCCGUAAUAAUAGGGCAACGGAACAUGCUGGAAAUAUGUUAGGCUGGUAGCAUCUGUUGACAGAAAGAGCUACUAUUUCACAUCCUUGAUCCUUCCUGUUGUCAGUGUCAUCGCAAUAAGGGCCAGCAUAAAUCCCCUCAUCAGCAAACUGUUAAACCUGGGGACAGAAGUUCAGAAACUAUGUACCAGCUUCCUGUCAACAACCUUGCAAAUCUAAGAAAGGCUCGUAAAACAGUUAAAAAGAUCCUUACAGAUAUUGGUUUGGAUUAUUGUAAAGAUCAUAUAGAGGAUUUCAAACAGUUUGAACCAAAUGAUUUCUACCUGAAGAACACUACAUGGGAUGAUGUCUCACUUUGGGACCCUUCUUCUACAAAGCUCCAGGAUUAUCGUACAAAACCGUUUUGUUGUAGUGCUUGUCCUUUUGCAUCCAAAUUUUUUUCUGCCUACAAGAGCCACUUCAGGAAUGUUCACAGUGAAGAUUUUGAAAACAAAAUUCUGAUAAAUUGCCCCUAUUGUCCAUACAAUGCUGACAGGAAGACCCUGGAGACCCACAUCAAAAUCUUUCAUGUUCCCCUGUGGAAAGUACCCAGUGGAGGCAAGAAUGCACAUAAUGAGAAGUCAAAGCAGGAUGGCAAUCUUAAACUGAAGCAUGCUGAUAGUGUGGAGCAAGCAGUCUAUUACUGUAAGAAAUGUACUUACCGAGAUCCUCUAUACGACGUUGUCAGAAAACAUAUUUAUAGGGAACAUUUUCAGCAUGUGGCAGCACCUUAUGUGGCAAGAACAGGAGACAAGUCGGUGAAUGGCACAUUUUCUGCCCCCAAUGGAAGAGAUGAUGGCACUGUACAUUGCAAACGUUGUCUUUUCAUACCGAAGACAUAUGAGGCCUUGGUGCAACAUGUUAUUGAAGAUCACGAACGAAUAGGAUACCAGGUAACGGCAAUGAUAGGGCAUACGAAUGUGGUAGUACCAAGAUCGAAGCCCUUGAUGCUGAUUGCACCAAAGCCACAUGAUAAACCUUCUCUAGCUGCUGCAAAUUAUCAGAGUAUUAAGACUUCAAUGCAUCAGGGUAUGGGCCGUGUAUCCAUGUCCAAAAAUGCACAGAAUUCUGCGGUCAAUCUUAUGUCAAGUACUGGUCGUCUGCCACCAAAAUAUGCUAUUUCAUCAAUGGCACAUAACUAUCCUUUGGGGCAACAACUUAGACUCCCACUGCCAGGUGGCUUACCAGUUUCUCUUCAGCAGCGAUCACAAACAGUAAAACAACUAAUCUCUAGUGGCAAUGGAAGACAGUAUGGAGUUAGUGAACAGAGGCGCCCAUCUCAGAUGCAGUAUAAUGUUCAGUCAGGAGGCUUAACUGGUAACAGUGCGUCUAGUCAAAUGUCAAUGAAACAGUCGCAGUACAGUAUUUCUCAAGCACAAAGGAUGCAAGGAUUGCCCACCUCGGCUGUAAAAUCAUUAACUUCCUCUGCAGGUCUCUCUAAUUCUGCUCCACAGAGUUCUGCAUUAGCUGGUUCAGCUGCUCAGAAAUGGAAGAUCUGCACGAUGUGUAAUGAGCUUUUCCCAGAGAGUGUGUACAGCAUACAUUUUGAAAAGGAGCAUAAAGCUGAAAAGAUACAGGCUGUGGCUAAUUAUAUUCAGAAGAUCAACAGUUUCACAAGCAAGUGUCUUUACUGCAACCGUUACUUGCCUAGUGAAACUUUGCUUAACCAUAUGCUUAUACAUGGACUGUCGUGUCCCUACUGCCGUUCUACUUUCAAUGACGUUGAAAAGAUGGCUGAACAUGUACGAAUCCUUCACAUUGAUGAAGAAGUCGGACCUAAGACAGAGUCAACUUUAACUUUUGAUUUGUCUACACAGAAAGGGAGUCGCAGUAAUAUACAACUCCUUGUAACUACAUACAGUAUUUCUGAGAGUGCCUCGAUGGAAAACACAAACUAUCGACCCCAAAAUCAGAAUUUAACAUUCAGAAAGCCAGAAGGACAGUUGCAACAGCCAAAACCACCAGUUAAAUCUAAAAUAAAACCAGAUUUGAAUUCUAUACCUCAAACCCAAAUACCGUAUAAAAACGAUGUUGGGAAAACCCUGUGUCCUUUGUGCUUCUCUAUCUUAAAGGGCCCAAUAUCAGAUGCCUUGGCUCACCAUCUGAGGGAACGACAUCAGGUGAUACAAACUAUUCAUCCCGUUGAGAAAAAACUCACCUAUAAAUGCAUUCACUGUUUGGGCGUCUACACAAGUAACAUGACUGCCUCUACUAUAACAUUGCAUCUGGUGCACUGUAGAGGUGUUGGAAAAGCACAAAAUGGUCAAGAUCGAAGUCUUGCUCAUUCCAAGGCGACACACUCACCAAGUGCAAUGCCCAUGAAACGUGAAUAUGAGUAUGAAUAUGGGGACUUUGCUUUAAUGAAAAAAAGAAAAUUGGAUGGUGAGGAGUCUGUUCAGAGUUUUACCUUGGGAGAGGAUAAACCAGAGGAGCCAGUUGUUUUAGCAAUUGAUCCCAAGGGUUAUGAGGACGAAUCCUACGAGGCUAGAAAAAUGUUCCUCACAAACUACUUCAACAAACAACCCUACCCAAACAGAAGAGAAAUUGAAAAAUUGGCAGCUGGCUUAUGGUUGUGGAAAUCAGAUAUUGCUUCACACUUCAGCAACAAGAGGAAGAAGUGUGUACGAGAUUGUGAGAGGUAUCGGCCUAAGGUCUUACUUGGAUUUAACAUGAUGGAGUUACGAAAGGUAAAGCACAAUAUGGACUUUGGACCUGCUUGGAAUAUGUCGAAUAACAAAGAAGUAGAUGGCAAAGAUACUACCAGUUUGAAACCAAACUCAGAAAAAACUAAUCAAAAGCCAGAUAAAGAGAGAAGAAUUUUGAAUCUGGGAUCAGAAAAAGUUGAGGAAACUGUUUUGGAUUUGAGUUCCCAACUGGAGGAAAGUUCAUAUUCAAACUUGGAAAAGGUUGAGGGAAGUGCUUUGAGCCGGAGAGCGCUUAAAAUGAAGGGCGGUGCUUUGGAUUUGAGCACUCAAGUGGAAGAAAGUCCUUCAAAUGUGACUUCAGAGAUUGAAAGAGCACCAUUAGAUUUGAGAGCUCAAAUGGUGGAGCAAAGUCCUUCAAUCAAGAGUGCUGAGAUGGUGGAGGAAAGUCCUUCAUAUUUAAGCUCUGACAUGGUCGAGAAAAGUCCUUCCAAUAUGAGUUCUGACAUGGUGGAGGGAAGUGUUUUAGAUUUGAGUUCUCAGAUGGUAGAGAAAAGCCCUUCAAAUUUAAGCUCCGAGGUGGUGGAUGAGAGCCCUUCAAACAUGAGCUCUGAGAUGGUGGAAGCAAGUCCUUCAAACAUGAGUCCAGAUACAGUAGAAGGAAGUGUUUCAAAUAUGAGCCCAGAUAACAUGGAGGAAAAUGCAUCUAAUACCUGUGCAGAUGAAGAUUUGCCGCCAACUGAAAUGGGUGAAAUAGGCUUUCAGCCUAGAGAGGAGCAUUCUGAAAUGGUUUCUGAAGAGUUAAGUAGUGAUUUUCAAAAACCUGUGCUUGCAGAAGCUGCACCAUUGGAAUUGAAGGAUGAUGAAUCUAAUAUGGAAGAAGAACGAUAUCCUGAACCAUCUUUAGAAUCAAAAGAUAAAGAAUCAGAAAGUGAAGAUUCUGAAACAUUCUCAGAAUGUAAGGAUGGUGCUUCUCCAGUUGAGGAUGGACUACCAUCUCCACAAGCAUCUGAUCAGGAAGAUGUUUCAGCUGAACUCAAACAAGAAUUUUGGAUUAAACGACCAUGGACGGAUGAUGCAUCUCAAAGUGAAGAGGAGCAGGAGCCCACAAAGCCUUCCAAAACAAAAGCUGAAGUAGAAGCUGAUAGACAAAAAUGGACAGAAGGACCAGCUGAGUGGAGUGGAGAACCAUUCCAAAAUGAAGAAGAAAAGUGGGCCAAAGAACAGCCUGAAUGGAAGAAUGUUUCACCAGAGAAUGAGGAAAGUUUAUCAAACCCAAUGUUGGAGUGGCAAGGUAACACAGCAGAUAGUGAAGGUGAAGAGCUUGAUCAACUCCUUGAUCAGUCAAAUGAUGGUCUUUCAGAUAAUGUGGCAGAACCUGUUUGUGGCUCAUCCUCUGGUGUUGGGCUGAGUAGUCAGCCUGCAUAGAAGUUUGACCUGAUUGAGUCUCUUGCUGUGAAAUGUGUGCAGUAUCUUAAAAUGAAAAGAGCCAGUGUAUAAAAUUUUGAAGGACUAUUCAGAGGUACAGAAAUACAGACAAGAGGUUUUAAAAUGCAGCAGAUUUAGUUGCAUUUCCCUCUGGGUUGCUUUACAGUUGUACAAAAAUGGCAUAUUGUAAUUUACUUUCUAAAUGUUUUCUCAUUUACUCACGGUAGUGAAAAGGCCAACAUGUACUUACUGGUUAACAGUGUACUGUACUAUAGAUUUCAAGACCUUUCAGUUUGUUUUAUUCAUUUACUCGGUCUGCGUAGCUGGAAUGUAUAUUUCUACAGUCUUUUAGAGCCAUUCUAAGUGAAGCUUAUCGUAUAGGUCUUGUGUACUUGUUCUAGAUUUACUGUAUGAUUCACCUUUUUUUAGUGAUAUCCCUGCUGUCAAAUAAAUGCAGCAUUUAGUUCACUUAACUGCUUGAAGGAGGUUGUGCUGUAGUGUCUGUCAACAUUAUUAUAAACUAGUUUUUAUUGCACAUAUCCUUAUACAACUUUGGUAGCAUUUGGCCAGUAGCUUACUGAACAUAAAAAAAAAACUGGCCUUACUGUAAUAUGGCAAAUUGCUGUUUAAUGUAUCCUUUGCUCCAAUAUUGAUGGUUACUGGCAUUUCAAAUGUUAAUGCAUUUUUAAAGUCUCCCUUCAACCUAAAUUACUUACAGAACUAGAAAUGAAAUUCAUAAUAUGCUGAUUUCACUAACUUGUGUUUGGGAUCAGCACACAUGAAUUGGGUAAAACGCAGCAAAUAUUUAGAAAUGCUGGGUUUUGCCUGUUUCAAGGUUACAUGUUAGGGAUAAACACCACUGUGGUGUUUGUAUACAUUGUAUCAUCUAUGUAAUAGUGUCUGUGUAGUAAAUUUCAUUUUUGUGAUCUUUAUUUUCCUUUGUACUUUUCAUUUACACUUCUGGAAAAUAAAAUGCUUUAUCGUA